CAUAAGUAUGGCGCAUUUAAAUGCUUAUCAAGGAAACGAAGACACCGGGGUCCUCGGGCCGGCACGAAUUCUCGAAACUCUUUUGCAAUAUGGAGCCCUGCCACCUGCUGCCGCUCUCACACCUUUGAACAGUUGACAUGUUACCGUGUAUGCGCAGAGGAGUAGCAGGGGGAAACACACCGUGGGGCUUCACAGCGGGGCCAACCCCCCUUCAUUAGCCCGCAACCCGCCUCUGAGUGUAUCCUACUAGGGACAGCUCAGACGCUGGCAGAGGCACGGCAUGUGCGGGAUGGGGGCUGGCACGCACUUGGGGGGAAAGGCUGCCGCCAGCACCUCAGAAGGCAUCGGCAUCACCGCCUUCGCACCGCCUUGGCACCGCCUUCCGCGCACCAGCGGCGUGCUGGCGGCAGGACCCGGUGAUUGCUGCCCCUUGGGAGCAGCCUGUGCGUCAGCAGCGCGCUCGCGUGGCGGCUAGCGGCUUGAGGAGAAGGAGGAAGUCGCACGCACAACCGCAGUGGCUGUGGCAGUGGCAGUUGCAAUGGCGCGGCAAGCUGUAGCCAGGCAUGUUGGUGCAGCAGGGGGGGGGGACAGGGGCGGCGGGGCGCAGGCUUGCGGCGUGGCCGUGCAAGGCGGUCUGGUGCACCCAAGUGAUGCGGCGCAUUCGGUGCGGCAGCACAUGCCGUGAUAGUUUGAGGUGCCGCACUGCAGGCACGUGAGAAAUGUUAUGUGAGAGGGCCCAUAAGCGCCCACCUAUGUAUGCUUGCCCAAGGGCCUCUUGCAAGGCCUGACAACUUCAGUCACUACCACCGGCUUACUCGUGCAUGUUCAUGGUGUUUGCCUUGAUGUUCCUGUCACAGCAUGCGGAACUCAUGUACCACACGGCCUGCAUCUUGAAAGCGCGUGAUUGCGUGCUGUGCCAACGGGCUAGCAAGGACUUGCUUUGGCUGUUAUGCGCAACUUCAGGCAGGUCAGGCGGUCGGGCAUUCCGUGCCCGCGUGCAGGCAUCUGAGGCCGGCGGGUGCUGCGCGUGCACAAGCGCUACGAGUCUACAUUG